AUGACUCACGACAACACCGCGCCGGUGAUGCGCAAGUUCAGAUCUAUGGGGGCCACGACGAUUCACAACGCGGAGCAGAUUGUUAUCUGUUUGGAUCACGCAAUUCAAGACACCAGCCCGUCCAAUCUGCACAAGUAUGCCCAGAUACAGGCAUUUGCCGCCGAACAUGGCCUCAGUUUUUUCCCCGCUGGAAGGGGCAUUGGACAUCAAUUGGUCGUAGAGGAGGGAUUCGCGUGGCCAGGUACUAUGGUUGUUGCUUCGGACUCUCAUGCGGUCCAUUAUGGCGCACUAGGAUGCCUCGGAACCCCUAUUGUACGGACGGAUGCUGGUGCCAUAUGGGCCUUAUCACAGACCUGGUGGCAAGUCCCCCCCGUGGCGCGGGUGAACUUCCUCGGGACCCUGCCGCCCGCGGUACGGGGCAAGGACGUGAUCGCAGCAUUGUGUGGUCUCUUCAAGGACGACGUACUGAACCAUGCGAUCGAAUUCGCCGGCUCCGAGGAGACCCUUGAGAGCCUACCCAUGGAUUGCCGUAUGGCCAUUGCCAAUAUGUCAUGCGAGUGGGGAGCCCUCUCUGCCAUGUUUCCCAUUGACCAAACUCUAAAACGUUGGUUGCGACAUAAGGUGACCGACGCAGCAAUGUCGGACGACCGGACAACUCGACAACGUAUCAACCAUGAAAGGAUAGAUAAGUUGUUCGCUGACCCCCUCCAAGCGGACCCCGAUGCUAUAUACGCAAAGCAACUCUACCUCGAUCUGUCUUCUCUUUCCCCUUAUAUCUCAGGCCCUAAUACACCCAAAAUCGCAACGCCAUUAAACGAGCUUGCUCCACAAAAUAUCAGAAUCAACCGCGCAUACAUCGUCUCUUGCACUUCCUCGCGUGCUUCAGAUUUCAAGGCGGCUGCGAAAGUCUUCAAAGACGCAGCCAGUGCCAACCCCAGUAUCAAGCCCCGAGUUGCUGAUGGAGUGUCAUUUUACAUAGCGGCAGCUUCAGCACGGGAACAGACAGCUGCCGAGGCCGCCGGAGAUUGGCAGACCUUACUCGAUGCUGGUGCGCAGCCGCUUCCAUCUGGCUGUGGUGCGGGACUGCUAGAGCCCGGUGAUGUCGGGAUUAGCAGUAGUAACAGGAAUUUCCCUGGGCGCAUGGGAAGCCGCGAAGCGCAGACAUAUUUGGCUAGCCCUGAAGUCGUAGCUGCUAGUGCUCUCAGCGGCACUAUCUCUGGACCUGACGGUUUCGAGGUGCCAGCCGACUGGUCUGGCGUGGUCCAUGGGUUUGGAUCUGGCCUGGAAAAAACCACGGAAUACGAACUGGGAAAUAUCAUAGAGCAGCUUGAUGAUCUCAUCGAGCGGGUUGAAUCUGCGGAGGGUGCCUCCACGUCUACCACUGAUAUUGUCGCAGGUUUUCCGAAGAAGAUCAGCGGUGAGAUCCUCUUCUGUGACGCUGACAACAUAAGUACCGAUGCUUUAUACCCAGGGAGGUUGACCUACCAGGACAACGUCUCUCAAGAAGAGAUGGCACGGGCCUGCAUGGAAAACUAUGACCCUAGUUUCGAUAGUAUUGCAAGGCCAAACGACGUGCUUGUCGGAGGAUACAACCUGGCUGCGACUGCGCUUCUAGCAAAGCAGAUCCCUCUAGUCGUGGCCGGGAGCUUUGGAAAUAUAUUUGCUCGGAAUUGCAUUAAUAACGCGAUGAUGACAUUAACCCUACCGAGGCUUAUCGAACGCUUGCGUAUCUGCUUUCCUACUCCUUCAUCGUCUGCCGGGGCUACAAGACAUCAACUAACUCGCCGGACGGGCUGGACGCUUACUUGGGACAUAGAGCGUAGUGUCGUCGAGGUGCGAGAGGGCGAGCAUGGAGACACUUGGACAGAGAAAGUCGGCGAUCUGCCGACCAAUGUGCAGGCUAUCAUCGCGGCUGGCGGCUUGGAAUCAUGGUGCAGGGCUGAGAUCGCAAAGUCGGGAAUGAUACAGUCUUGA